AUGCUCAUUCUCCUCAUCCUACCUCUUCUUCCUCUUCCUCUGCCUAUUCUUCUGCCUAUUCUUCUCCUUCGUCACCUUCUUCUCCAUCUCCUUCCCGUCGCCCCAAUCGUUGUCACCAGACUGGCAGGGUGAGUCCGCUCACUCUGGCAGCCUGGAAUGUUCGUUCCCUUUUAGACAAUCCGCGGAGCAACCGACCGGAAAGGAGGACAGCGUUAGUUGCACGAGAACUGGCGCGCUACAAGGUGGACAUCGCCGCACUCAGCGAGACCCGUUUCUACGAACAAGGCCAACUGGAAGAGGUGGGAGCCGGUUACACCUUCUACUGGAGUGGUCGACCCAAGGGCAGAGCGACGAUACGCGGGUGUCGCCUUCGCCAUCCGGAACGACAUCGUGGGACGACUGCCCAGUCUGACGCAGGGCAUCAACGAUCGCCUGAUGAGCCUUCGUCUGCCUCUCUGGGGAGGCAAAUUCGCCACCGUCAUCAGCGCCUGCGCUCCGACGAUGACCAACCCCGACGCCGUCAGAAACAAAUUCUACGAGUACCUGCACGCCCUCUUGGCGACUGUGUCGAAGGCGGACAAGUUGAUUGUCCUUGGCGACUUAAACGCCCGCGUCGGCACAGACCAUACUGCUUGGAGAGGAGUGCUGGGUCCCCACGGUCUCCGCUGCUCAAACUACAAUGGUCUGCCGCUGUUCCGCACCUGCGCAGAACACCGCCUCAUCCUGACGAACACGUUCUUCUGUCUGCCGGAGCGAGAGAAGGCCACUUGGAGGCAUCCUCAGUCGCGUCAGUGGCACCUGCUGGACUAUGUCCUCGUCCGAAGGCGUGACCAGCGGGACGUGCUGGUGACGAAGGCGAUCGCGGGUGAUGACGGGUGGACUGAUCAUCGCCUCGUCAUCUCGAAGAUGCGUAUUCGCCUACAGCCUCGCAGGAGACCUCAAGGUAAGCGACCCCCAGGUAAGCUGAAUGUUGCCUUGUUGUCUUUGCCCGCUCAUCAUUUUCAUGUCAGCAUUGAGCUAGCUCAAAGGCUAGACAACCUCCCCAUCGCCGAUGCCGCCGCUGCCGAGAACGCCUCCGUGGAGAACCGCUGGUGUCAACUGCGAGACACGGUCCAGUCGACGGCGCUCGCCGCCCUCGGUCGCGCUCCCCGCCAACACCAGGACUGGUUCAACGACAACGACGCCGCCAUCAGAAAUCUGCUAGCUGAGAAGAACCGCCUACACAAAGCCUACGUAGAUCACUCCACUGAUGCCACCAAAGCUGCCUUCUACCGCAGUCGCCGCCAACUUCAGCAACGACUGCGCGAGAUGCAGGACGCCUGGACUGCUCGCAAAGCUGAGGAGAUCCAAGGCUACGCGGACCGCAACGAAUGGAAGAACUUCUUCUCUGCCAUCAAAACUGUCUAUGGUCCGCCGACGAAGGGCACUGCUCCUCUACUCAGCGCCGACGGCAGUACUCUCCUGACUGAGAAGACGCAAAUCCUGCAGCGAUGGGCCGAGCAUUUCCGAGGCGUCCUCAACCGCCCUUCCGCCAUCUCCGACGCCGCCAUCGCGCGAUGGCCGCAAGUGGAGACCAACGCGGACCUAGACCUCCCGCCAUCUCUCCAGGAAACCAUCAGGGCCGUGCAGCAACUCUCCAGCGGGAAAGCACCCGGAUCGGAUGCAAUCCCUGCUGAGGUCUACAAGCACGGAGGUCCCCAACUCAUGGAUCACCUGACUGCGCUCUUCCAGGAGAUGUGGCGUCAAGGUGAAGUCCCGCAAGACUUCAAAUACCCAACAAUCGUGCACCUAUACAAGCGAAAAGGGAAUCGCCAAGUCUGCGACAAUCACCGCGGCAUCUCCCUGCUGAACAUCGCCGGGAAGAUCUUCGUCCGCAUCCUUCUCAACCGCCUCAAUAACCAUCUGGAACAGGGCCUUCUGCCGGAAAGCCAAUGCGGCUUCCGUCGUCAUCGUGGGACCACGGAUAUGAUCUUUGCCGCCCGCCAACUUCAGGAGAAGUGUCAGGAGAUGCGGACCCACCUGUACUCUACAUUCGUGGACCUGACGAAAGCCUUCGACACGGUGAAUCGUGAAGGGCUGUGGAAGAUCAUGCAGAAAUUCGGCUGUCCGGAGCGAUUCACUCAGAUGGUGCGUCAGCUGCACGACGGUAUGAUGGCGCGAGUCACGGACAACGGAGCUGUCUCAGAGACAUUCGCAGUGACCAACGGAGUGAAGCAGGGCUGUGUGCUGGCGCCUACCCUCUUCAGUCUCAUGCUCUCUGCCAUGCUGAUGGACGCCUACCGCGACGAACGCCCCGGGAUCCGCAUCGCCUACAGGACGGACGGUCACCUCCUGAAUCAACGGCGAAUGCACUUCCAAUCGCGCGUAUCCACAACCACCGUUCACGAACUCCUCUUCGCCGACGACUGCGCCCUGAACACCACCUCGGAAGAGGAGAUGCAACGGAGCAUGAACCUAUUCUCCGCCGCCUGCGAGAACUUCGGUCUGGUCAUUAAUACGCAGAAGACGGUGGUGAUACACCAACCGCCACUCAACUCGGCCACAGCCCCCAACGCGCCGCCGCAAAUCAGCGUGAACGGAACCCAACUGCAAGUGGUGGAGAACUUCCCGUACCUGAGCAGUACUCUCUCCCGCAACACCAAGAUUGAUGACGAUGUCGCCAACAGGAUCUCGAAAGCCAGUCAAGCCUUCGGUCGUUUCCAAAGCUCAGUUUGGAAUCGUCACGGUCUUCAACUGAACACGAAGCUGAAGAUGUACAAGGCCGCCAUCCUGCCGACGCUACUGUACGGAGCCGAGACCUGGACGGUGUACACGAGACAGGCACGCCGACCGAACCACUUCCACCUCAGUUGUUUUCGUCGCAUCCUGAGGAUGAACUGGCAGGACCGCAUCCCCGACACCGAAGUGCUGGAACGGACGGGAAUUCUGAGCAUCUACUCCAUGUUGAGACAAAUGCAGCUGUGCUGGAGCGGCCACCUGGUGCGCAUGGACGACGAGCGACUACCCAAACGACUCUUCUACGGAGACGUCGCGACGGGUUCUUGCCGUCAAGGAGGCCCAAUUCGUCGAUACAAGGAUACCUUGAAGUCCUCCCUGAAGCUACUGCAAAUCAACCCGACCAACUGGGAAGAGCUCGCCCGCGAUCGACCGACCUGGAGGAGGACAAUGAAGACAGGCGCUGCGAUCUACGAAGCCAACCGCAUCGCUGCCGCCAAAGCGAAACGCGAAGCUCGCAAAUCCCAACUGCGCCCAGACAGCAACGCCGCCGCACAACCGCUUCCAACGUGUCCUCAAUGUCAGCGGACAUUCCGGGCUCAAAUUUGCCUUGUUGGACAUCUUCGGAUCAACUGCACCUCUCGAACUGCAUCAAAAUACAUCCCCCCGCCCGCCUCAUCCUCGUCCUCUCUGCCGCCAACUAACUCUGGCAAUUCUUCUGCACCACCACUUUCAUCCUCCUCCUCCUCCUCCUCCUCCUCCCCCUCCUCCUCCUCCUCAUCCUCCUCCUCCUCCUCCUCCACCCCCACUGCCCCAACGGAGGCCACCCCCGCCUCUCCCGACUCCAGCAAUGAGAAUCAGGACUACACCUGCCCUCACUGCGAUCGCACCUUCACCUCACGUAUCGGCCUGGUCGGUCACUUGCGAAUCCAUCGCACAGAGACCGGCAAACCAGUGCCUGGAGCACCGCCCUACACCCACCGCACUCGCAUCCACUGCCCUCGCACCUUCACGCAUCGCAUGGGUCUAUUCGGCCACAUGCGCAUCCACGAGAGCGGAAUUGACCACAAUUCCGAUACACCAACCACGCCCAUCAUGCCCAGCACCACCCUCGCACCGUCCAUCUGCGCCACCACCAACGCCUCCUCUGUAGCUGUUUCUGACACCACCGACUUCACAUGCCGACACUGUCCACGCACAUUCACCUCAUGCAUCGGCCUGGUCGGUCACUUGCGAAUCGAUCGCACAGAGACCGGAGACCCAGUGCCUGGAACACCAACUUACACCCAACAAGCUCGUCUCAACUGCCCACACUGUCCUCGCACUUUCAGGCACCGCAUGGGCCUAUUCGGCCACAUGCGCAUCCACGACGACCUGCGGUAG